UCGCCACCCAUCCAUAAUAUCCUCUAUCUUCCACUAUAACCAUGAGGUGCAACACAUGGUUACUUGCUCUCGUCGCCACGCUGGUUCCCCCAGGAGCCUCCACCCCUCUCUCAGCCCCCAACGUCACUGCCACAGCAUCUGUCCUGCUCCCUGCCGGUACUGUCAUCGGCACCGUGGGUGAUGAUGGCGUCGAAUAUUUCCGUGGAAUUCCCUUUGCCCAACCGCCAACCGGCUCUCUCAGACUGAAGCCCCCAGUACGCCUUCAAAGUUUCGAUUCUGGCUCGGUUGAGGCCACUGGUGUCGGCCCCGCAUGUCCCCAAAUGACAGCAAUAGACGCUACACCACUCUUGCUCGAUGUGCUUGCUUUGCCCGACGUCCAGGGGACUCUGUUCUUUGGGUCAACAUUGGGCGACGAGCGUGAGGACUGCCUCACCAUCUCGGUCAUGCGACCAAAAGGCACGCGUGCUGCGAUUGAUGCGAAGCUGCCUGUUCUCUUCUAUAUAUUUGGCGGAGGCUUCGAGACGGGUAGCCCGCAAAUGUACAAUGGGUCGGUGCUGAUUCCCGAAUCGGUAGCCCAGGGCAAGCCGAUGAUUUUUGUGGCUGUCAAUUAUCGCCUCGGGGCCUUUGGGUUUCUUGGGGGGAAUCAGGUGUUGGAGGAUGGGGCUGCUAAUCUGGGCCUGCUUGACCAGCGUAUGGGUCUGGAGUGGGUAGCAGAUAACAUUGCAGCUUUUGGAGGUGAUCCUGAUGCUGUUACAAUCUGGGGUCAGAGCGCUGGUGCGAUGAGUGUUUUUGAUCAACUUGCACUAUUUGACGGCGACAACACCUACAAAAACCGUUCCUUGUUCCGAGGGGCAAUCAUGAAUAGCGGCAGCAUCACACCAACUGAGCCAGUAAACGGCGUAAAGGCCCAGGAGAUCUUUGACAAGGUGGUCGAAACGGCGGGGUGCGCUUCAGCCGCGGAUUCAGCUAAACUUGAGUGUCUGCGAGGACUCGACUACGAUACCUUCGUAACUGCAGCGAACAGUGUCCCCGCAUACCUGGGCUACAAUUCCCUUGCUUUCAGUUAUGCUCCGCGGCCAGACGGUCGUAUUCUCACUGCUAGCCCCGAAGAUCUUGCCCAGAAAGGGAAAUACGCAGCAGUCCCAAUGAUCAUCGGCAAUCAGGAAAAUGAGGGAACGAUAUUCGCUCUAUUUCAAUCUAACAUCACCACCGAAGCUGCAUUGGUCUCUUACCUCAACGAUGUAUUCUUCCACAACGCUAACCGGGAUGAGAUUGAGGGCCUCAUCGCCACCUAUCCCAACAACCCCGACAGUCCAGACGGCAUAGGCGCAUCGAAUGAUACUUACCCAGAGUUUAAGCGGCUCGCUGCUGUCCUGGGCGACUGGGAAUUUACUUUCAUGGCUCGGCUGCUUUUGCAAACAUUCCCCGCAACGGUUCCAGCGUGGUCCUACCUAGCGACAUACGAAAGUGGGACCCCGAUCCUUGGGACCUACCAUGCCACGGACCUACCUCACAUAUACUACGAAACCAGUAAUGUCAGCAGGUCUAUUCAGGAUCUGUACAUCUCGUUUGUAGAUUCUUUAGACCCUAACAAUUAUGCGCCCAGCACUCCUAGCGGGUACUUGAGUCCUUGGCCCACAUGGCAGGAGAAGAAGCAAUUGCUGGAGCUUGGAGCUCAAUCUACUUAUUUGAUAGAUGACAAUGCUAGGGCCGCUAGCUUUGAGUACAUCCGCACCCAUUUAGAGACUUUGCGCCUAUAG